UCUGAAAAAUGGCUUUACAUUGUCAUAUCUAGUACUGUGAUGCUUUCUCAAAUAACACAUUUUUCCCCUCUUUGCAGAGAUGAAGAACUGGACAGAAGUGUCUGAAUUCAUUCUCCUGGGUCUAACAAAUGAUCUCAGGUUGCAACGAGUUCUCUUCACACUUUUCCUGCUGCUCUAUGUAGCCUGUUUAUUAGGAAAUGGGGCCAUUCUGGCAGUCACCAUGGCUGAGCCUCGGCUCCACACCCCCAUGUAUUUUUUUCUGGGAAACCUUUCUUGUUUGGAUAUAUGCUACUCUACAGUGACUGUGCCAAAAAUGCUAAGUGGCUUCCUUUUAAAGCAACACUCUAUCUCCCUUAUCAGCUGCCUCACUCAGCUGCACUUCUUCCACUUUCUGGGCUGUAGUGAGGGUGUUCUUCUGGGUGUCAUGGCAUGUGACCGCUAUGUAGCUAUUUGUAAUCCUCUGCGUUAUACUAUCAUCAUGGAUAAAUGGGCUUGUGUUAUGCUAGCUGGGGCCACUUGGGCCGCUGGCUUUUUUUAUGCCUUGACGCAGACAGUGGUGACCUCUCAGCUAUGUUUCUGUGGCCCUAAUCUUGUCCUGCAUCUUUUUUGUGACAUCAAACCGCUUCUCAUGUUAGCAUGCAGUAGUACAGCACUCAAUUUUAUCCUGCUGAAAGUUGUCACUGGUUCAAUUGCUUUCUGUUUGCUUUUUUUCACUCUUCUCUCCUAUUUUUACAUAAUCUCCUUCCUCUUCCUUAAACUCCAGUCAUGGCAGAACCGUUGGAAAGCCUUCUCCACCUGUGCAUCUCACCUGACUGUUGUGGCGAUCUUCUACAUUCCAGUAGUGUCCAACUACAUGCUUGCUUCUGCCAGUAGCUCUUCUGAGAAAGACCUAAUCAUCUCUUUGUUAUACACUGUAGUUACACCAGUUUUUAAUCCUCUGAUUUACUGUUUGAAGAAUCAAGAAGUCAAAUCUGCUAUAAGGAAGAUUCUAACUCAAAAUGCCCUAUUUAAAUGGGCCUGAAUACUUCUUCUUUUGGAGAAGAUGAAAAAUGGUGAUGAGUAUCUUCAGAGCGCUUCAAUAGCUUUGUAUGUUUAAAUACAGUUACAUACAAUACACUUCUCCACAGUCCCGAUUUUGCAGUGAUUGCCAUGGACCAGGGUAUUUGGUGGGUAAGUCUCAAUGCAGAUAAUACAGUAGCUUUCAUUGUGGAAGAUUACUCUGGAAUCUGAUAGGCUUUGAUUCUACUUGAUUCUAUAUAUGGGGCUAUUUGAGAGUAAGUGUCAGCACCUGAUCAUUCGAGCAUUCACACAAUCACAGUCAGGAGGCUGGGAUUCCUUUAACUGUUUUAAUGAAGCAUAAUGAAUGGUACAGAAGGCAAGCUGCGAAUAAAGAUUUCCUGCUCAAACCUAACUUAAAACUACAUUCCCUUAGUUAGUCCCCUUUCCCAUGAAACCAUGUUACUCCCCCUCCCAUCCAGAUGGUAUUCCUGGCAUAUCUCAACCCCAUGUCCUUGAUGUGCUCCAUAGCCAUAAUAAACCACUUCACACUCCAACUUCACACCCCCUCCCAUCUGGCAACAUGAGAGAAGGAAAUGAUGGGAGAUGCUCCAAUAAGGGUUUCUGUGAAAUCUUUGAUUGGGGAAUCUGACAUACUGCCCCCCCCCCAAGAAAGACUAAAAAACAUUAAUCAGAUAUCAAAUAAAUGAAGCAAUGAGGCUAGGAAGGAAAGGGCUUAGAAGGAUACUUAGCAUGAAACUUUUUGUUUAAAAGAGGAGCAUUAACAUGACAUGCAUUAACCCACUCAGGAUCUAGAAAAUGCUUCCAUUGAAUCAAGUACUAUAAUGAUUUGUGAAAAAUAUGAGAGUCCAGAAUGUCUUUAAUUUCAAAAUGCUGAUGGCUAUCGAUCAUGAUGGGUGGAGGGGUUGCUGCAGGCUGGUGCCACUUAGAAUGGUCUG